UAUGCCGAGCCUCCAAUAUGGGCGACCAAAUGGGUGUCAACUUUCAAGAAGAAGUCAACGAAUUCGAGAAGUAACGUAUCCGCGUCAAGUGAUUCCGCUGAUACCUUAACGUCAAUUACUGGUGUCAAACCCUAUAAUGAUACAACGAGAAGAAUUACAAAUUGGGUAUAUGCUCAAAUACUGGCAGUUCCAAAGGAACAACGUCAUUUCUUAGAGUUGGAGGUCAAAUUUGGAAGACUAUGGCAUAAGCAAACCGAUAGACGUGUUCAUAUCCCCGUGACCAACGAGUGCAUAGUUGAAGAUAAUUUCAUCCUAGAUUGUCAAUAUCGUUCGGGGUUGGAUCGAGAACACUUUGACCGUGCUAAGAAGUUUGUGACAGGGCUGUCGAAGCUUCAUAAGGAAAAGUUCAGGACAUUCAAGACCGAUCAAAUCGAUCGUGUAUACAGAGAAGCAUACAGAGGCAAGAUACCGAGAUUUUACAGAUUAACCACAGAUAAAGCCACGAGUCGUCUAACUGCAAAUAUUGAGAAGAAGAAGCUUGCAAAUCUACACAUCCAUUGUCCAGAUAUGAUAUUCGACUUUAGACUCACGAUGAGCUUAGAGUUGCCCUCAUCGGAAAACCCUGAACGGUUCGAGAACCAUACUCCAGAAACCGAGAGACACAAGAAGAGAACAUCUAUAAUCCAUGCAACGACGGCAACGAGAAUUGACCUUACUGAAGUUUCACAGAGGGUCAAGGGUAAAUCCGAUGAGUAUGCAGAGUUCCUUGAGAUGGAGUUGGAAGUGGAUAUGCCAAAGUUGCUGAAGGCAUUUGACAAACUGGAUCAAGACGCAUUUACGUUUGAACAAUUAGGAGAAACUUUUAUGGACAAUGCUCGUGUUAUCAACAGAGAACUU